AUGAAGCUCUCUCUGAGCGCCCUAGCGACUCUCGUGACCCUCGGCGAUGCCGCCCGUCUGCUCCUCCAAAUUCCAAACACGCCUCUCGUGAACCCGUCCACGCUCCCCUCCACAACCCACGCAACCCUCCAAUCCAGCGGCUCGCCCCAUGAUGCCUCCCUCACCCGUUCAAACACUUUCGUCUUCAACAAUGUAAGCGCAGGCAGCUACCUUGCCACCGUACAUUGCCGCGACUACUUCUUCGAGCCGCUGCGCAUUGAUGUCAGUUUGGAGGAGGCGGUUGAAGGAAGCGGCGAUACGAGGGAGGUGAUACGUGCAUGGCAGACAUUCUUAGGGAACGAAUGGGAUAACAAGGGAGAGAGUAGAGGAGAGGGUGGGAAUGGUCUUGUAAUUGAGGCGAGGCCGGUGGGAGCCAAGUAUUUCUACACGGAGAGGCAGGGAUUUUCACCGCUGUCAUUUUUGAAGAACCCAAUGAUUCUCAUGGCCAUCGUAUCCAUGGGUCUCAUCUUCGGCAUGCCCAAGUUGAUGGAGAACAUGGACCCCGAGAUGAAGGAAGAAUUCGAGGAAAUGCAGAAGAACGGAGUCCUUGGUUCUGGCCAAACGAAUACCGCACAACAGCUUCAGAACUUCGAUCUUGCAUCGUGGAUGGCAGUCGAGUACCAUGACCCAUCUGGCGUCUUUUCGUUGAUACAGGAAGACUUGGCUGCACGUCUUCCCCUUCGCAAUUUACAUUGGAAGGCUCCUACACGGCCACUGAGAUCCAUCGACUCUCUCCAUGUCGAUCUCGUGCCUAGUAAGGGUUCUGCACAGGCAGCCGGUGAUACUUCGUCAAGCCUAGCGCCUGGCCACGGUACGUCCAUCAGCAACACCAACGUGAUCUUCAGACCGUCUGACAACCGGAAAGAGAGACGACAUCAGAUCCCAGGUCUGCGUCAGACUCCUUACCUAAAGCUGUACCUUUUGAGAUGCGAUGACUCAGAUACGUACAAGUCGACCGCACGUAAGCAGGUCCGCGAAUGGGUGAAAGAACAUACACCACCUUCUCAGAGUAGCACAUCAAGCACACAAGAGAAUCAUGAUGCAUACGAAUGGAUGAUUUUACAUGUCGUUGUACCUGAAACACCAGCAGCAAGUCAGCCCCGGGGGUCUUCAAGUUUAGCCACAGGCGAGAAAGAGAAGACUGGGCCGACCUCCAGGUGGACCCGUGGCACGACGACGCUAUUAGAGAAGCUUCGCGCAGACUUCAAUGUGUCGUCCAAAACCGCACCUGAUCGAGUGGCUCAAAUAAGGGUGCCGAAAGAGAGAGUUCCACCGCAUAUGCUUCCAGCACCGGCACCAGCAGCCUCUCCAGCAAUCACUGAAAGCCCCCAAGAACAGGAACGAGCUUGGGCUGAUGUCAUAUCCAAGUUCAAGGUACUCAUACUUCUCUCAUUUGAUCUCCGAGUGAGUCAAUAUGAAGAAGAUAUCAGGAAGAAUGACGCACAACGCUCGUUCCCUGGCUGGAACUUCAACACUUUCUUCAUCCUAAAAGAAGGACUGGCCAGAGGCUUUGAAAGUGUGGGUCUGGUUGAAGAUGCUCUACUAGGCUAUGAUGAACUGUCAAUCGGUCUAGACAGCGUAAUCCGUGACCAAUCGAGUGAGCAGGCGCAAGGAAGUGUUCUACUCAGCUAUUCCGAUGAUAUCUAUCAAACAGCAGCGGAGAUCGCGCAACAGCAGGAAGGGGGUACUACGAACGUCUCCCAGCCUUCAAUUCACGACGACACCCCAAUAAACGCUCUAAAGAAAGACUACCGCGGGCUGAUCCUUGCCAACAACAUCUCCAUCUUCGACUUUAGACUAUACAUCUUCGCGCGUCAGAUGUUUUUGCUUCUGCGGCUCGGCAAUUCGAUAUCAGCACGUUCUGAUCUCGCAGCCACGCUACAAUCCCGGCCUAAUACUGGUGUGAUUCAGCGCUCAACUGAUGAUAGUGGUAUUGGUAUGAAGUCGGCUGGUCAAGCGAAUGACUCUGAAGAUCUCUUUUCACUUGCUGAGCUUUGUUCGCGUGCAUUGAACUUUAUUACAUUUGCUGGACGACUCCUGCGAGAUGAUCUGAUCAACGGAUCUUCGCGAGAUCUAGCAGCAAGUUCUUCGGGUAAGAGCUUAUCGUUUAGGGGCCGUGAUAAGGAGCAAAAGUCGAAGUCGUCAGACCCAAAGUCCCUCAUCCAUCCUGCUCGUUCAACUUCUUUGAACAACGGACGGCCCGUUUCAGAGCUGCCAUACUCGCAAACAGCACAAGGCGCUCAGGUAGUAUUUGAGAACGGAACAUACCACGAACGACAGACCGUGCCACAGCCGAGCAUACUACCUUCCACGAAAAAUGGCUUACAAGAAUUGGCUGGGACCAGAGCACAGCUGCUUGCCAUUCAAAGACGUUUGCUUGAACACGUGGGAAAGACUAUGGGCUGGAGCAUAGGCUGGAAUGCAAUUUUGGCCUCUUUGAAUGCGAAAGAAGAACUCACGGAGGUCGAUCUGGAGGAUGACGAAGAACGUGCAGCAGAGAGAGGCGAUCCAAUUCCUGAACCAGCGAUUGACGCCUCAAAGCCACGUCUUGGUAUAUCUGCUGGGGCGUUGGUCACCGCAACUGGAUCCAUUGCACAUUUCCGACAGUUCUACGAGACAUUAAGUGACCUGAUUGUCAAGCACUAUAUGGCGGCAGGCCAAAGUAAGUCGGCAGAAAGCGUACUCGGAGAUUUGGCUGCCCUUAGAUUUGAGCUCGGCGACUUCGCAGCAGCAGCAAUGUACUUUGGACGCAUGGCUUCAUACUUUGCCGAGUCUAGGUGGAACACUGUCGAAACCACCAUGCUUAAGAUGCAUGCUCGUUGUUUGAAGAAGCUGAACCGUAAAGAUGAAUACGUACGCACAGUACUCGAUCUCCUAGCCAAAUCGGCGGUGAGUCGAAUGGCGUUGAAGAGUGCAUCGAAGCAAGCCAGCUCGAACGAAGUAUCUGAGAUACACCGUGACUGGCUAAACGAUGACAAAGUGGAUACCACUGAUGUAUUUCACGAGAUCAUCGGCUAUUCGCAACAACUGCCAUACGAUGUUACAGUUCAGAUGUCCAAGUACUUCGGCGACGUCUCUGUGGAGCCUUAUGUCCGACAUUACGACGACAAAGAUGGAUUCCAGCUACGUCUACAUUUUAGGCAUCUCCUUGAGGAUGAAAUUGAAAUACGAGCAGCGAAGAUCCGGCUAGUUAGUGCGAUAUCGAACCAGACCAAAGAUGUGUGGCUCGAGGAGACUGGGGAGAUACAGUUGAAGAAGGGGGUGAACCGCAUGUGGAUUGGAUGCAAUGUGAAUACCAUUGGACCAUACAUGGUGGAUCGGAUCGUCCUAGAGGCGAAGCGCAUCGUGUUUGUGCAUGAGCCAUUCCAGAAGACUGAAGCGACGACACCCCUCGGCAUUAUCACGUCCGUUUCCGCGCAUUCACUCAAAGCUGCGAAAAAAGCUCGCAUCCUCUGCUUUCCCCGCACUGAAGCGUUCCAAGCACGCAUCUAUCUCUCGCAUUUCAUUCACAUUGACAAGCCACGGCACGUCGAAGUUGAAUGUUCAAGCGGCUGGAACGAGAUUACACAUGCAGAGGUUCGACUGAAAUCUGCCUCCGCGGGCCUCCGACUACGAACGGCAAACGCAAGUGUAGUCGCAGGUGAGGUUGAGGUCGAUGAUAGCAAGCCCACGCCUGGUGUAGUCGCAAUCGGUGCAAUGCCUGCGCAUACUACCGUCACAUUGAAGGUACCUUACGAUAUGGAGACAAUACUCCAAGACCUCAGCAUCAAAGUUGACAUUGAUUACUACACCGACAAAGGGCAGUUUCAGUAUACAUCGUCCUUUGUUAUCCCCGUCGAGCUACCCCUGGACGUCAAUGUGCACGAUCACUUCAAGAACAAGUCUUUGGUAUCCAAAUUCAAUAUCAAGACGGCCAAUCAAGUUCCACUAGAACUCUUGGACGUUUCAUUAGAAGGAUCCGAAGAGUUUGACGUCUAUGCACCAAGGCGCCCGAAGGAAUCACUUCAUGUGUUUCCAAAGCAGCCAGUUGCAGUCACGUACAAGAUCACCAAGACAGAGACGGAAGCGGCGAACAAACGACAGAGUCGGAUCUCUACGACUGGGAGUUUGUCGUUGUCCGUGGAAUACCGAUGCCUGAACGAAGACGUCCUAGAUCGGGUACGGAAGCUAUUCGCUGAUGCUGUCGAAGAUAGCCCAGUUCACCGUCUCUCCCGUCUCCUUGUAGAAACGUUUACCGGCACAUUCGAGACAUGGUUGACAGACUGUCUGGAAAGUCUCCCGCUCAUCAUCAGAGAUGACACCCACAUAUGGCUAAGAAAAUGGCACGAGAAAAACAAAACCAUUCUUCUCACCAAAACCAACCCCGAUCCCACCCUCACCACCACCAUCGCCCCUCCAUCGCCCCACCCUCCCCGCCGCAUGGUCAUCACUGUCUCCAUCCCGCAAACCCAUAUCCUCCACACCGCCUCCCUAAUCCUCAACUCCCCCCGCAUCGCCUCCUACACAACAAUCGCAACAGUCGGCCAGCCCCUCCCCGCUACCCUUCGCAUCUCCCACACCCGUCGCUGGGCAACCCCUUCCUUGCUCGUCUCCGCCGCCUCCAUCGACACUCCCACCGAUCCCAUCGACUUCUACUACACAAUCGACGCCAACCCCGACGUCUGGCUCGUCGCCGGUCCGCGCCGCGCACAAUUUUCCGCAAAAGAAGAUGAAGUCAUGGAGUGGGAUAUCGUACUUAUCCCGUUAAGAGCAGGGAAUGCGUUGAUGCCUAAUGUGGAGGUUAGGGCGAAGGUGAAGCCCAAGGAUGAGAGUGCGAAGAAGGGCGACGAGGCGGAGCCGCUGAAUUGCGAGACGGAUUAUUGGAGUUAUGGCGAUGUUGUUGUUGUGGUGCCGGAUGUGGGGACGAAUGGAAUCAUUGCUGCAUCGAAAAGUACCCGGACAACGCGACCAACAUGGUCGACUUCGCAGGUUGACGACAAGGUCAAUGCGUAA